GGGUGCAUCGGACGGUAUUAGUGGCUUCGAAGGAGGAGGCACCUGGCUAGGGCUAUCCAAAUCAAGGCGACCACGGGAGCUGUUGCAUGAAGGUACAAGAUCCGUAGAUUGCCAAGCCUCAGAGGGCUCUGACGCUGGCUUCUCACCACCAAUCAGUGGUUUGGUAAGAUAUUGGCGCCUUGAGCUGGCUGUGUCAGGCGACUCGUCCUUUGGCUGCAACCUCGCUACCAUCCUUGCUGCCUGUGCCGUUGGUAGCCAUGUCAGUGCCUGCAUUUGUCUGGUGGUCACCUGUGUCGCGCAGAUCCUCAUCGUCCUCCUCAAUGCAAUGCAGCGCCUGGUACUUGUGCACCGGCUGGGCAGCCAGUGUCGCGGGCUUUGCAACAGUGGAGGCUACUGAUGCCGGCGCCUCUUGGGUGGAUGCUGCUGUUUGGGCUGCAAGCAGCUUGUCGCUUUCCUCUGCCUUGGCCUCGUGGGCAAUCUUGACAAACUCAACAUCUUCGCGGUCGUCGUUGGUCGACAACCUCGCGUUGGAUCCAGGUGGCGUGUCAAAAGGCUUCUGCUCAUUCCGCCCGCCUUUGACCAAGGUGCUGAACCGCUUGAACAGGCUUGCACGCUUCUUUUUCGUGUCUGGCCGAGCAGACAUUGCAGUGGCAGCAUUGGCGCUACUGUUGGUCGCAGUCAGGGCCAACGAGCCACGGUGUGGGGGCGUAUGCGACGACAGUGCCUCAAUGGCUGCUGUUGUCGGGUCCUCGGUAUUCACAGGCUCCUCAGGAACGCUCGGCAUCGCUGUGUGUCUGCCAGUGUCGGCGCUCAUCCGGUGCAGGCCGCUCUCCUUUCCACGCGACUCAGCCAGCGAAGCAACAAUAUCGAGUCCUGCAGUUCUGGGGGUUCCUGCUUCCGGUUGCGUCCCUUCCUACCCCAUAGCUCUCACUGCUAGUCAUGGUCGAGGUCCUGCUACGCAGCUCGUGCUUGUGGUCCGACGGGCGCCUUGGUAGAGGCUGAGACUGCUGCUGUUGCAGGUAGUGGCGCUUCUCUGGGACUGCUGCCGGGCCAUCAGGGUCCUGCCAACUGCGGAACCGCCUGUGCGUCGAUCUCAGUAGCAGGCUUUGAGGCGUGUGCUUCCGCUUGCCUAACU